AUGGAAGGAAGAGCAAUGGUGUUGUUGGCUUUGGCUUUGGCUUUGAUUGCUUCCACCAACACUUCAUUGGCACAUACCCAUUACUACUCAAAACCCCGUCCGUAUACUCCCAUGAAGAAACACGUCACUAAUCUCCACUUCUAUUUCCAUGACACCGUCAGUGGCCCAAACCCUAGUGCAGUCUUGGUUGCCAAACCCAACACUACUAGCAAACCCAACCUUCCAACGUUUGGUUUGCUCUACGCAAUCGACGAUCCUCUCACUGUUGGCCCUGAUCCGGCCUCGGAAGCAAUUGGGAGGGCACAAGGGCUAUAUGUCUUUUCCAGCAAAGAAGAGACAACACUUGUGAUGUAUCUUGAUUUUGGUUUUACGGCCGGAGAGUUUAAUGGGAGCUCUAUUAGUAUAGUUUCGAAGAAUCCGGUGAUGUACAAGGAACGCGAGCUUGCCGUGAUUGGAGCAAGAGGGAGGUUUAGGAUGGCUCAAGGGUUUGCUCUGCUUAAGACACACUCUUUCAAUUAUUCCACUGGUGAUGCCAUUGUUGAGUAUAAUGUCACAGUGGUUCACUACUAG